AAGGAGGAGAAAACAACAGUGUGAAGCUAAUUUUGUCUUUUUGAUCCUCACAGGGACGAAAUUCCACAGCCGAACAGCUCUGACCUCAACCGCCGGCGUUCUUCGGUCCUUUUCCUGGAGUUCUGGGACGGACAGAAGAAUCUGAGAGUCUGAGGGGAACAACGCUCAUAACGAAACUUAAAGCCCUUUAGGUCAAGAUGGAUUCCAGCAGUAAAAAGAUGAAGGAGAAUGGCCAUCCAGUCUGUAUGCCUGUGGCUGGCAUUAUUCUGGAGAAGACAAAGGAGAAGAUGACCAUAUAUCAAGCCAUGAAAAAACGCUUGCUCCAGCCUGGAACAGCAUUAGCCCUGCUUGAGGCACAAGCUGCCACAGUGGGCAUCAUAGAUCCAAUAAAAAAUCAAAUACUUCCUGUUCAAGAUGCCGCUAAAGAGGGAAUAGUUGGAGCGGAGAUGAAGGAGAAGCUCCUCACAGCAGAGAAAGCCAUCAGUGGUUAUGUAGACCCCUACACCAACCAAAUCAUAUCCAUAUUCCAGGCUAUGCAAAAAGAUUUAGUCCCAAGGGAUUAUGGGUUGAGGCUUUUGGAAGCCCAGAUAGCCACAAAAGGUCUGUUUGAUCCUGUGGAGAAAACAAACAUCUCAGUUGAUGCCGCGAUUCAGAAGGGCUUCUAUGAAAAAGAUCUGCUCAACAACCAGAUGGCAGAGCUCAAAGUGUUUUACAAUCCGAGCACACAAGAAAAUCUAAACUACCAAAACCUCCUGAAGGAAUGCACCAUGGAGCCUGAGACAGGCUUGUUACUCCUUCCUGUUUGCAUUGCCUUCAAAGGUCUGCGCAGAGGCAUUUCCUCCAGCAAACUAUUUGAGUCAAAAAUCAUCGACAAAGAAACGUUUGAGGCCCUGGAGAAGGGAAAGACCACAACACAGGAUGUCAUGUUGAUAGAAACAGUGAAAGAAUACCUGGAAGGCAAAGGCAGUAUUGCAGGCAUUGCUGUACUCUCAAACAAUACGAGAAUGAGCAUUUACCAAGCCAUGAAGAAGGGUAUACUGAUGCCUGGAACAGCACUUGUUUUACUGGAAGCACAAGCUGCAACUGGGUUCAUGAUUGAUCCUGUAGAAAACAAAAAGUUCACCGUGGAUGAAGCUAUCAAACACAAACUUGUUGGCCCAGAAUAUCAUGCAAAGCUGUGCUCUGCUGAGCGAGCAGUUACUGGAUACAGAGACCCAUACUCAGCGGAGACUAUAUCCCUGUUUCAAGCAAUGUCCAAAGACCUCAUUGUUAAAGAACACGGCAUCCGUCUACUUGAGGCACAAAUUGCAACAGGUGGAAUAAUAGACCCAAUCAACAGUCACAGGCUUCCCACAGAGGUGGCCUUCAAAAGAGGGUAUUUUAAUGAAGAAAUGAAUGCCAUUCUGGAAGAUGCAGGAGAUGACACAAAAGGAUUUUUUGACCCAAACACAGAAGAUAAUCUCACCUAUCUCCAGCUGAUAGAAAGAUGUGUUACAGAUCCUGUUACUGGGCUGUGCCUCCUUCCUCUGCAUGAUAAGUCAGGCACACUCAAUUCCAGCUUCAUAGAUUACCAAACAAAAACAGCCUUCAAGAAGGAGAAAGUUAAAGUGUCAUAUGGGAAGUACAUGGGAAUGACGGUAUCUCUGUGGGAGCUGCUGAUGUCAGAAUACUUUAACGAACAGCAGAGGAAAGACAUCUUUCAGAAGUACAGAGAGGGCAAACUCACUAUCAAGAUUAUCAUUACGACGGUUCUGGAAGUCAUAGAAAAGUCUGUGAAAACAACAAAAGUCGUCUUUGAAGGCAUUAGAGACACUGUUACAGCCAAACAGCUCGAGGAAGCAGAUAUCAUCAGUAAAGAGGUCCUGGAAGAUCUUCAAAAGGGAAAAAAGUCAGCAAAGGAAGUGAUUGAGGAUGAAAAUAUAAAGGUGUAUUUGCAGGGGAAAGACAGCAUUGCGGGUAUUCUGCUUCCAGACUCUCAAAUCAUGACCAUCUACCAGGCCAGGCAGAAAAGAAAGCUGAUGCCAGGAACUGCUCUGGUUCUACUGGAAGCACAGGCAGCAACAGGGUUCAUUAUUGACCCUAUUGGAAACAGGAAAUUUUCAGUGGAUGAUGCUGUCAAAGCAAAGAUUGUGGGGCCUGAUGUCUGUCAGAAGUUACGCUCAGCAGAAAAAGCAGUCACUGGAUACAAAGACCCUAAUGAUGGAAAGAUAAUCUCUUUGUUCCAAGCAAUGCAAAAAGACCUCAUCCUUAAAGACCAUGGAAUUCGGCUUCUGGAGGCACAAAUUGCGACUGGUGGGAUCAUUGAUCCAGUCAACAGCCACCGCAUUCCUGUUCAUGUGGCCUAUAAGAGAGGGUACUUUAAUGAGCAGAUGAAUCAGAUCCUGAGUGACCCAAGUGACGACACCAAAGGAUUCUUUGACCCCAACACCCAAGAUAAUCUGACAUAUUUGCAGCUCUUGGCCAGAUGUGUCACAGAUCCCAGUACAGGCCUGUGCCUCUUGCCUCUAAAAAGCAAGACCAACAAAAUUGACGAUACAAUGCGGGAAAGGUUCAAAUCAACAACAGUUACUGUGAAGUAUGGCAGAUUCAAGAACAAACACACAACACUGUGGGAACUUAUCAAUUCAGAGUAUCUGUCUGAGGACAAGCGGCAGGAGUUUUUCAAGCUUUUCAGGUCCAGAAAAAUCACAAUCGAAGAACUCAUAGUCACCAUUGUGGAGAUCAUUGAGAGUAAAGAGAUAAAACAGCAAGCAGGGCUGAACUUUGAAGGUCUCAGAGGAGAGGUCUCUGUUGUGGAUCUUUUGGAUCUUAAAAUUGUGGAUGAAAAAACUUAUAACAACUUGAUCGAUGGAAAGCUGACAAGCACUGAUGUGAUGAAGAUGGAGAGUGUGAGAGCUUACCUCCAAGGGACAAGUUGUGUAGCAGGGUUGAUACUACAACCAUCCAACCAGAAACUAAGCAUCUAUGAGGCACAGAAAAUUGGCAUCCUCACACCUGGCACUGCCCUGUGCCUCCUUGAAGCACAAGCUGCUACGGGGUUCAUUGUUGAUCCACUAAAUAACAAAAAACUUACUGUGGAACAAGCUCUGAGAGAAAAAGUGAUUGCUCCACAGACUUAUGAAAAGCUUUUGUCUGCAGAGAGGGCUGUUACUGGCUACACAGAUCCAUACACAGGGCAAAAGAUCUCACUGUUCCAAGCCUUGAAAAAAGAUCUCAUUGUCAAGCAACAUGGCAUUCGCUUACUUGAGGCACAAAUUGCUACAGGUGGAAUCAUUGAUCCAUUGAAAUGUCUUCAUUUACCUCUGGAGGUGGCAUACAGGAAAGGAUAUUUUGAUGCAGAACUCAAUCAAAUCCUAGUCGACCCAACAGAUGACACAAAGGGCUUUUUCGACCCGAAAACGCAAGAGAACCUGACAUACAUGGAAAUGUUGGGCAGAUGUGUAAAAGAUAAGGAAACUGGACUCUUUCUUUUGCCUCUGAAUGACACACCAAAGGCAAAAGCAAUAAAGGAAAAAAAGCUAAAUGAAACAGAAAUUAAGCAAGAGUUUGAAAAGGCCUUUGUAAGCAUGUCCGUGGGACGCUUCUCAGGAAAAUCAGUUUCACUGUGGGACUUGAUUCACUCUGGGUAUUUCACUGAGGAUCAGCAGCUUGAACUCAUUGAAAAAUACAAAAGGGGGCAGAUCAGUACUGAAACAAUAAUCACAUUGGUGAUUUCAACAAUUGAGAAACUGGAAAAGAGUGAAACAAAAGUGACAAUGGGUCUGAGAAAGAAUGUCUCUGCACAGCAACUACUGGAUUCUGAUAUUAUUGAUGCAGAGACAUUCAAACAGGUAAAAGAAGGAAAGCUCAGUUUUGAUGCAGUAACCCAAGCUGAACGUGUAAAAGGGUACCUGAAGGGGACUGGAAGCAUUGCAGGAAUCAAAGUUUAUCCAACCGAGAAUGUAAUGAGCAUAUACGAAGCAAAACAGAAAGACCUGUUGACUACUGGCAUGGCACUUGUACUGCUUGAAGCACAGGCUGCAACCGGAUGGGUCAUUGAUCCUCAGAAUGACAAAUUCUAUACAGUUGAUGAAGCUGCAAAAAAGAAAAUAAUUGGACCAGAUGUACACGAGAAACUUCUCUCAGCUGAGCGUGCUGUCAAUGGCUAUAAAGAUCCAUACACGGAUGCAAUAAUAUCUCUGUUUGAAGCCAUGAAUGAACAACUGGUUGAAAGAAAAGAUGGCCUGCAUCUUCUUGAGGCACAGACGGCAUCUGGAGGAAUAAUUGACCCAAAUCAGAGUCUCAGGCUACCAACUCAUGUUGCUAUUAAAAAGGGGUAUCUGGAUGAAGAAACUCACAAAAUUUUGUUGAACCCCACUGAUGAUGCAAAGGGUUUCUUCGACCCUAAUAAUAAAGAAAAUCUCUCUUACCAUGAGUUGAUAAAUCGAUGUGAGAAAGAUGCUAAAACUGGACUGCUUCUGCUUCCACUGCACAAAGAGAAGUCCAGUGGUUUUCACACUGAAGAGCAAGUUGAGCUGAUGUUCAAGAGCAAGAUUGUUGCCAUGAAUGUGGGAAAAUUUAAAAACAAAUGUGUGCCAUUGUGGGACGUGUUGGUAUCUGAAUAUAUUUCAGAUGAAAAAAGGAAGCAGCUCAUACUACAGUACAAGACAGGAACCCUGAAAAUAGAUGAAAUCACUGAAAUACUCACUGUUAUCAUCACAGAGCUGGAAUCUAAAGAAAGAAAGUUUAAAGGAUUGAGAAAGCAAGUCUCAGCAAGUGAGUUAUUUGAAUCAAAAAUCAUCUCCAAAGAGAUCUUCAACCAAAUCAUACAAGGGAAAGUAACAGAAGAAAAUGUAACCAACAUGGAGUCAAUUCAAAAGUACCUAACAUCAACUAACUGUAUUGCAGGUGUAAGAGUUGAGUCCACCAAACAGAUACUGAGUGUCUACGAGGCCAAAAGCAAAGGUUUGCUGACCCCUGGUACCUCUCUGGUCCUGCUGGAGGCCCAAGCUGCCACGGGCUUUGUCAUUGACCCAGUAAAGAACAAGAAACUUUCUGUAGAGGAAGCUGUUGCUCAAGGAGUGGUCGGCAACGAGUGGAAGAACAAACUGCUUUCGGCAGAAAGAGCAGUUACAGGAUACAAAGAUCCCUACACCGGAAACACAAUCUCUUUGUUCCAAGCCUUGAAAAAAGAUCUCAUAGUCAAGGAUCAUGGAAUUCGUCUCCUUGAAGCACAAAUUGCAACAGGAGGAAUAAUUGAUCCAGUCUACAGUCAUAGACUGCCAGUGCAGGUGGCAUAUGAAAGAGGUUACUUUGAUGAGGAAAUGAAUCAGAUUUUAUCUGAUCCUGAUGAUGACACCAAGGGGUUCUUUGACCCCAAUACUCAGGAGAACCUCACCUAUCUUCAGCUGAUUGAAAGAUGUGUUAUAGACCCAAACACAGAACUUAACUUGUUAUCUAUUGUAAAGAAAGGAGAGUUCUAUUUCUUUGUUGACGAAGCAACCAAGGUCAUUCUGAAGUCUACAACAACAACCAAAGCUGGAGGGAAGUACAAAGGAAGCAAAGUGUGUCUGUGGGAUCUGCUCUACUCCAGAUACAUCACUGAAGAAAAGAGGAGAGAACUUGUCCAACAGUACAAAGCUGGAACAAUCACAAUCGAACGCUUCUUGGAAAUUGUCCUGACUAUCAUUCAGAACCAAACCACAACUUCAUCACCAGCAGUUGUUACAACAGACAGCAGUUCAACAAAAACUACCAUCACAACAGUCACAAAAACCAGUGAAGUUAAAACUUUCCAGGGUAUCAGAAAAGAUGUCACUGCAACAGAGCUGCUUCAAUCCAAAAUUAUUGAUGAAAAUCUCUACAAAGAUCUCAAUGCUGGGAAGGUUACAGUGACUGAAAUAAGUGAAAUGAACUCUGUACGGAAGUACCUCGAGGGUACCAACAGCAUUGCAGGAGUUUAUCUCCAGUCCACCAAACAGACACUGAGUGUCUACGAGGCCAAAAGCAAAGGUUUGCUGACCCCUGGUACCUCUCUGGUCCUGCUGGAGGCCCAAGCUGCCACGGGCUUUGUCAUUGACCCAGUAAAGAACAAGAAACUUUCUGUUGAGGAAGCUGUCGCUCACGGGGUGGUCGGCAACGAGUGGAAGAACAAACUGCUUUCGGCAGAAAGAGCAGUUACAGGAUACAAAGAUCCCUACACCGGAAACACAAUCUCUUUGUUCCAAGCCUUGAAAAAAGAUCUCAUAGUCAAGGAUCAUGGAAUUCGUCUCCUUGAAGCACAAAUUGCAACAGGAGGAAUAAUUGAUCCAGUCUACAGUCACAGAGUGCCAGUGCAGGUGGCAUAUGAAAGAGGUUACUUUGAUGAGGAAAUGAACCAGAUUUUAUCUGAUCCUGAUGAUGACACCAAGGGGUUCUUUGACCCCAAUACUCAGGAGAACCUCACCUACCUUCAGCUGAUUGAGAGAUGUAUCACAGAUCCUGUUACUGGUCUCAGUUUACUGGUCAUUGUGAAGAAAGGAGAGUUCUAUUUCUUUGUUGACGAAGCAACCAAGGUCAUUCUGAAGUCUACAACAACAACCAAAGCUGGAGGGAAGUACAAAGGGAGCAAAGUGUCUCUGUGGGAUCUGCUCUACUCCAGAUACAUCACUGAAGAAAAGAGGAGAGAACUUGUCCAACAGUACAAAGCUGGAACAAUCACAAUCGAACGCUUCUUGGAAAUUGUCCUGACUAUCAUUCAGAACCAAACCACAACUUCAUCACCAGCAGUUGUUACAACAGACAGCAGUUCAACAAAAACUACCAUCACAACUGUCACAAAAACCAGUGAAGUAAAAACUUUCCAGGGUAUCAGAAAAGAUGUCACUGCAACAGAGCUGCUUCAGUCCAAAAUUAUUGAUGAAAAUCUCUACAAAGAUCUCAAUGCUGGGAAGGUUACAGUGACUGAAAUAAGUGAAAUGAACUCCGUGCGUAAGUACCUCGAGGGUACCAACAGCAUUGCAGGAGUUUAUCUCCAGUCCACCAAACAGACACUGAGUGUCUACGAGGCCAAAAGCAAAGGUUUGCUGACCCCUGGUACCUCUCUGGUCCUGCUGGAGGCCCAAGCUGCCACGGGCUUUGUCAUUGACCCAGUAAAGAACAAGAAACUUUCUGUUGAGGAAGCUGUCGCUCACGGGGUGGUCGGCAACGAGUGGAAGAACAAACUGCUUUCGGCAGAAAGAGCAGUUACAGGAUACAAAGAUCCCUACACCGGAAACACAAUCUCUUUGUUCCAAGCCUUGAAAAAAGAUCUCAUAGUCAAGGAUCAUGGAAUUCGUCUCCUUGAAGCACAAAUUGCAACAGGAGGAAUAAUUGAUCCAGUCUACAGUCACAGAGUGCCAGUGCAGGUGGCAUAUGAAAGAGGUUACUUUGAUGAGGAAAUGAACCAGAUUUUAUCUGAUCCUGAUGAUGACACCAAGGGGUUCUUUGACCCCAAUACUCAGGAGAACCUCACCUACCUUCAGCUGAUUGAGAGAUGUAUCACAGAUCCUGUUACUGGUCUCAGUUUACUGGUCAUUGUGAAGAAAGGAGAGUUCUAUUUCUAUGUUGACGAAGCAACCAAGGCCAUUCUGAAGUCUACAACAACAACCAAAGCUGGAGGGAAGUACAAAGGGAGCAAAGUGUCUCUGUGGGAUCUGCUCUACUCCAGAUACAUCACUGAAGAAAAGAGGAGAGAACUUGUCCAACAGUACAAAGCUGGAACAAUCACAAUCGAACGCUUCUUGGAAAUUGUCCUGACUAUCAUUCAGAACCAAACCACAACUUCAUCACCAGCAGUUGUUACAACAGACAGCAGUUCAACAAAAACUACCAUCACAACUGUCACAAAAACCAGUGAAGUUAAAACUUUCCAGGGUAUCAGAAAAGAUGUCACUGCAACAGAGCUGCUUCAGUCCAAAAUUAUUGAUGAAAAUCUCUACAAAGAUCUCAAUGCUGGGAAGGUUACAGUGACUGAAAUAAGUGAAAUGAACUCCGUGCGUAAGUACCUCGAGGGUACCAACAGCAUUGCAGGAGUUUAUCUCCAGUCCACCAAACAGACACUGAGUGUCUACGAGGCCAAAAGCAAAGGUUUGCUGACCCCUGGUACCUCUCUGGUCCUGCUGGAGGCCCAAGCUGCCACGGGCUUUGUCAUUGACCCAGUAAAGAACAAGAAACUUUCUGUUGAGGAAGCUGUCGCUCACGGGGUGGUCGGCAACGAGUGGAAGAACAAACUGCUUUCGGCAGAAAGAGCAGUUACAGGAUACAAAGAUCCCUACACCGGAAACACCAUCUCUUUGUUCCAAGCCUUGAAAAAAGAUCUCAUAGUCAAGGAUCAUGGAAUUCGUCUCCUUGAAGCACAAAUUGCAACAGGAGGAAUAAUUGAUCCAGUCUACAGUCACAGAGUGCCAGUGCAGGUGGCAUAUGAAAGAGGUUACUUUGAUGAGGAAAUGAACCAGAUUUUAUCUGAUCCUGAUGAUGACACCAAGGGGUUCUUUGACCCCAAUACUCAGGAGAACCUCACCUACCUUCAGCUGAUUGAGAGAUGUAUCACAGAUCCUGUUACUGGUCUCAGUUUACUGGUCAUUGUGAAGAAAGGAGAGUUCUAUUUCUAUGUUGACGAAGCAACCAAGGCCAUUCUGAAGUCUACAACAACAACCAAAGCUGGAGGGAAGUACAAAGGGAGCAAAGUGUCUCUGUGGGAUCUGCUCUACUCCAGAUACAUCACUGAAGAAAAGAGGAGAGAACUUGUCCAACAGUACAAAGCUGGAACAAUCACAAUCGAACGCUUCUUGGAAAUUGUCCUGACUAUCAUUCAGAACCAAACCACAACUUCAUCACCAGCAGUUGUUACAACAGACAGCAGUUCAACAAAAACUACCAUCACAACUGUCACAAAAACCAGUGAAGUUAAAACUUUCCAGGGUAUCAGAAAAGAUGUCACUGCAACAGAGCUGCUUCAGUCCAAAAUUAUUGAUGAAAAUCUCUACAAAGAUCUCAAUGCUGGGAAGGUUACAGUGACUGAAAUAAGUGAAAUGAACUCCGUGCGUAAGUACCUCGAGGGUACCAACAGCAUUGCAGGAGUUUAUCUCCAGUCCACCAAACAGACACUGAGUGUCUACGAGGCCAAAAGCAAAGGUUUGCUGACCCCUGGUACCUCUCUGGUCCUGCUGGAGGCCCAAGCUGCCACGGGCUUUGUCAUUGACCCAGUAAAGAACAAGAAACUUUCUGUUGAGGAAGCUGUCGCUCACGGGGUGGUCGGCAACGAGUGGAAGAACAAACUGCUUUCGGCAGAAAGAGCAGUUACAGGAUACAAAGAUCCCUACACCGGAAACACCAUCUCUUUGUUCCAAGCCUUGAAAAAAGAUCUCAUAGUCAAGGAUCAUGGAAUUCGUCUCCUUGAAGCACAAAUUGCAACAGGAGGAAUAAUUGAUCCAGUCUACAGUCACAGAGUGCCAGUGCAGGUGGCAUAUGAAAGAGGUUACUUUGAUGAGGAAAUGAACCAGAUUUUAUCUGAUCCUGAUGAUGACACCAAGGGGUUCUUUGACCCCAAUACUCAGGAGAACCUCACCUACCUUCAGCUGAUUGAGAGAUGUAUCACAGAUCCUGUUACUGGUCUCAGUUUACUGGUCAUUGUGAAGAAAGGAGAGUUCUAUUUCUAUGUUGACGAAGCAACCAAGGCCAUUCUGAAGUCUACAACAACAACCAAAGCUGGAGGGAAGUACAAAGGGAGCAAAGUGUCUCUGUGGGAUCUGCUCUACUCCAGAUACAUCACUGAAGAAAAGAGGAGAGAACUUGUCCAACAGUACAAAGCUGGAACAAUCACAAUCGAACGCUUCUUGGAAAUUGUCCUGACUAUCAUUCAGAACCAAACCACAACUUCAUCACCAGCAGUUGUUACAACAGACAGCAGUUCAACAAAAACUACCAUCACAACUGUCACAAAAACCAGUGAAGUUAAAACUUUCCAGGGUAUCAGAAAAGAUGUCACUGCAACAGAGCUGCUUCAGUCCAAAAUUAUUGAUGAAAAUCUCUACAAAGAUCUCAAUGCUGGGAAGGUUACAGUGACUGAAAUAAGUGAAAUGAACUCCGUGCGUAAGUACCUCGAGGGUACCAACAGCAUUGCAGGAGUUUAUCUCCAGUCCACCAAACAGACACUGAGUGUCUACGAGGCCAAAAGCAAAGGUUUGCUGACCCCUGGUACCUCUCUGGUCCUGCUGGAGGCCCAAGCUGCCACGGGCUUUGUCAUUGACCCAGUAAAGAACAAGAAACUUUCUGUUGAGGAAGCUGUCGCUCACGGGGUGGUCGGCAACGAGUGGAAGAACAAACUGCUUUCGGCAGAAAGAGCAGUUACAGGAUACAAAGAUCCCUACACCGGAAACACCAUCUCUUUGUUCCAAGCCUUGAAAAAAGAUCUCAUAGUCAAGGAUCAUGGAAUUCGUCUCCUUGAAGCACAAAUUGCAACAGGAGGAAUAAUUGAUCCAGUCUACAGUCACAGAGUGCCAGUGCAGGUGGCAUAUGAAAGAGGUUACUUUGAUGAGGAAAUGAACCAGAUUUUAUCUGAUCCUGAUGAUGACACCAAGGGGUUCUUUGACCCCAAUACUCAGGAGAACCUCACCUACCUUCAGCUGAUUGAGAGAUGUAUCACAGAUCCUGUUACUGGUCUCAGUUUACUGGUCAUUGUGAAGAAAGGAGAGUUCUAUUUCUAUGUUGACGAAGCAACCAAGGCCAUUCUGAAGUCUACAACAACAACCAAAGCUGGAGGGAAGUACAAAGGGAGCAAAGUGUCUCUGUGGGAUCUGCUCUACUCCAGAUACAUCACUGAAGAAAAGAGGAGAGAACUUGUCCAACAGUACAAAGCUGGAACAAUCACAAUCGAACGCUUCUUGGAAAUUGUCCUGACUAUCAUUCAGAACCAAACCACAACUUCAUCACCAGCAGUUGUUACAACAGACAGCAGUUCAACAAAAACUACCAUCACAACUGUCACAAAAACCAGUGAAGUUAAAACUUUCCAGGGUAUCAGAAAAGAUGUCACUGCAACAGAGCUGCUUCAGUCCAAAAUUAUUGAUGAAAAUCUCUACAAAGAUCUCAAUGCUGGGAAGGUUACAGUGACUGAAAUAAGUGAAAUGAACUCCGUGCGUAAGUACCUCGAGGGUACCAACAGCAUUGCAGGAGUUUAUCUCCAGUCCACCAAACAGACACUGAGUGUCUACGAGGCCAAAAGCAAAGGUUUGCUGACCCCUGGUACCUCUCUGGUCCUGCUGGAGGCCCAAGCUGCCACGGGCUUUGUCAUUGACCCAGUAAAGAACAAGAAACUUUCUGUUGAGGAAGCUGUCGCUCACGGGGUGGUCGGCAACGAGUGGAAGAACAAACUGCUUUCGGCAGAAAGAGCAGUUACAGGAUACAAAGAUCCCUACACCGGAAACACCAUCUCUUUGUUCCAAGCCUUGAAAAAAGAUCUCAUAGUCAAGGAUCAUGGAAUUCGUCUCCUUGAAGCACAAAUUGCAACAGGAGGAAUAAUUGAUCCAGUCUACAGUCACAGAGUGCCAGUGCAGGUGGCAUAUGAAAGAGGUUACUUUGAUGAGGAAAUGAACCAGAUUUUAUCUGAUCCUGAUGAUGACACCAAGGGGUUCUUUGACCCCAAUACUCAGGAGAACCUCACCUACCUUCAGCUGAUUGAGAGAUGUAUCACAGAUCCUGUUACUGGUCUCAGUUUACUGGUCAUUGUGAAGAAAGGAGAGUUCUAUUUCUUUGUUGACGAAGCAACCAAGGUCAUUCUGAAGUCUACAACAACAACCAAAGCUGGAGGGAAGUACAAAGGGAGCAAAGUGUCUCUGUGGGAUCUGCUCUACUCCAGAUACAUCACUGAAGAAAAGAGGAGAGAACUUGUCCAACAGUACAAAGCUGGAACAAUCACAAUCGAACGCUUCUUGGAAAUUGUCCUGACUAUCAUUCAGAACCAAACCACAACUUCAUCACCAGCAGUUGUUACAACAGACAGCAGUUCAACAAAAACUACCAUCACAACUGUCACAAAAACCAGUGAAGUAAAAACUUUCCAGGGUAUCAGAAAAGAUGUCACUGCAACAGAGCUGCUUCAGUCCAAAAUUAUUGAUGAAAAUCUCUACAAAGAUCUCAAUGCUGGGAAGGUUACAGUGACUGAAAUAAGUGAAAUGAACUCCGUGCGUAAGUACCUCGAGGGUACCAACAGCAUUGCAGGAGUUUAUCUCCAGUCCACCAAACAGACACUGAGUGUCUACGAGGCCAAAAGCAAAGGUUUGCUGACCCCUGGUACCUCUCUGGUCCUGCUGGAGGCCCAAGCUGCCACGGGCUUUGUCAUUGACCCAGUGAAGAACAAGAAACUUUCUGUUGAGGAAGCUGUCGCUCACGGGGUGGUCGGCAACGAGUGGAAGAACAAACUGCUUUCGGCAGAAAGAGCAGUUACAGGAUACAAAGAUCCCUACACCGGAAACACAAUCUCUUUGUUCCAAGCCUUGAAAAAAGAUCUCAUAGUCAAGGAUCAUGGAAUUCGUCUCCUUGAAGCACAAAUUGCAACAGGAGGAAUAAUUGAUCCAGUCUACAGUCACAGAGUGCCAGUGCAGGUGGCAUAUGAAAGAGGUUACUUUGAUGAGGAAAUGAACCAGAUUUUAUCUGAUCCUGAUGAUGACACCAAGGGGUUCUUUGACCCCAAUACUCAGGAGAACCUCACCUACCUUCAGCUGAUUGAGAGAUGUAUCACAGAUCCUGUUACUGGUCUCAGUUUACUGGUCAUUGUGAAGAAAGGAGAGUUCUAUUUCUAUGUUGACGAAGCAACCAAGGUCAUUCUGAAGUCUACAACAACAACCAAAGCUGGAGGGAAGUACAAAGGGAGCAAAGUGUCUCUGUGGGAUCUGCUCUACUCCAGAUACAUCACUGAAGAAAAGAGGAGAGAACUUGUCCAACAGUACAAAGCUGGAACAAUCACAAUCGAACGCUUCUUGGAAAUUGUCCUGACUAUCAUUCAGAACCAAACCACAACUUCAUCACCAGCAGUUGUUACAACAGACAGCAGUUCAACAAAAACUACCAUCACAACUGUCACAAAAACCAGUGAAGUAAAAACUUUCCAGGGUAUCAGAAAAGAUGUCACUGCAACAGAGCUGCUUCAGUCCAAAAUUAUUGAUGAAAAUCUCUACAAAGAUCUCAAUGCUGGGAAGGUUACAGUGACUGAAAUAAGUGAAAUGAACUCCGUGCGUAAGUACCUCGAGGGUACCAACAGCAUUGCAGGAGUUUAUCUCCAGUCCACCAAACAGACACUGAGUGUCUACGAGGCCAAAAGCAAAGGUUUGCUGACCCCUGGUACCUCUCUGGUCCUGCUGGAGGCCCAAGCUGCCACGGGCUUUGUCAUUGACCCAGUAAAGAACAAGAAACUUUCUGUUGAGGAAGCUGUCGCUCACGGGGUGGUCGGCAACGAGUGGAAGAACAAACUGCUUUCGGCAGAAAGAGCAGUUACAGGAUACAAAGAUCCCUACACCGGAAACACAAUCUCUUUGUUCCAAGCCUUGAAAAAAGAUCUCAUAGUCAAGGAUCAUGGAAUUCGUCUCCUUGAAGCACAAAUUGCAACAGGAGGAAUAAUUGAUCCAGUCUACAGUCACAGAGUGCCAGUGCAGGUGGCAUAUGAAAGAGGUUACUUUGAUGAGGAAAUGAACCAGAUUUUAUCUGAUCCUGAUGAUGACACCAAGGGGUUCUUUGACCCCAAUACUCAGGAGAACCUCACCUACCUUCAGCUGAUUGAGAGAUGUAUCAUAGAUCCUAUGACAGGCCUGAGUUUACUCCCAUUAAACAAAUAAAGUUCAUUCUACUGCAACAGUCACUGAUACAGCAUCAUUUUCAUAGUAAGGCAACACUAUUCAGAAAUCUGGAAAGAAACACAAGCUGUUAGCUGUUUUUACAAUUUAAAAAAUCUUCAUAGCAAAGCUUUGAUAGUAAUGCAGUUUAACAUAAUUGUGUUUUGGUGAAAUGAUAACUGUGAACAUUACAGACCUUUUUGAGCCAUUAUGCACAAAUACAAAUAUGGCACUAUUAAUUGAACAGACAUCUAAAAACGCUCUAUAUUGACAUACUGUUGUUCGCAUUUUGACUUAAUUCUGAUCUUUUUUGAGUAGAAGUACUCUUAAUUUGUCAUAUUUUCACGGGUUUAAUGACAUUCCAUAUAGCUGUGGACUUGGGGUUGGUCAUGUUUUAUGUAAUCAGAUUGGGGCUCAGCUGAAUGUAGUCUUAUCUCACCCAAAGAUACUUAUGGUUAUAUUAAAAUAUUAAUUCAAAAGCUUUUCUCUAUUUUUUUUUCAUAAUUCAAAUUAUACAUUUUGUUUUGCAAAAGGGGAAUUAAUCAGUGUGAAUUAUUUCAUGUGAUCAAAUAAAUGAAUUACAUUGAC